CUUUAUCCCGUUUCUUUGUAACGGAAUACCACCAGUAUAAUUUAUACAUUUUUAUAUCUAAAAAAAUUUUGUUCUUACUGUUUUCACUAUUUCUUUUCUUUUCUUUUUUUUUCUUUCAAAAAAUGUUUUCGAAAUUUUUGGCCGAGUUAUCCGAUGAUUAUAAGAAACUUUUUGAAACUGAAAUAGGAUAUGAUGUUAUUAUAUAUGCAGGAGAAGAACCAAAUGUUAAAGAAAUUCAUGCUCAUUCAAAUAUUUUAAUCGUUAGAUCACAAUAUUUUCGUGCCGCAUUGUCCAAUGAAUGGGCAAAAAAAGUAAAUGGGAAAUUUAUUUUAAAAAAACAAAAUAUUAAACCACAUUUGUUUGAUAUCAUUCUUAGAUUCAUUUAUUAUGGAGAUAUUGAAUUGAAAAAUUUACAAGGUCCUAAUGUAUUGAACUUAUUGAUCGCAGUGGAUGAACUUAAUAUUCAUUCAUUGAUUACUUAUAUUCAGGAAUAUUUGGUUGAACAUCAAAUUGAAUUCUUACGUCAAAAUCCAACCAGUAUUCUUGAAAUUAUUUAUAAACAUGAAACUUUUACAGAUUUAUGGAAUUUUUCUCUUGAAAGAAUUUGUGAAGAACCUAAAAUAUUAUUUGAUUCUGAUAAUUUUAUUAAUUUAAAAGCUUCUUUAUUAGAAAUAUUAUUGAAACGGGAUGAUUUGAAUAUGGAUGAAAUUGAAAUUUGGGACAACUUAUUGAAAUGGUGUUUGGCACAGCAUAAUAUGAUCAGUGAUCCAACAAAAUGGAACAAAGAUGAUAUUUCAAAGAUUGAAAGGACAUUGCACAAAUUUAUUCCAUCAAUUCGAUUUUAUGAUAUUGAACCAACAGAAUUCUUUUACAAAGUCUAUCGUUAUAAAGAAAUUUUACCACGAGACUUAAUUCACGAUCUUUUGGAGUUUCAUAUUGUUCCUAAUAAGAAACCUAAAACUAAUAUACCACCUUCAAGAAAACAAAAUUUAAAAUUAAAUCUUAUUAUACCAAAUCAUAAUCAUCUUUUUGCUUCAUGGAUUGAUAAAAAAGAUUCUUCAUAUUAUAAUAAAAAGAAUGUUCCAUAUGAUUUUAAAUUAUUAUAUCGUUCAAGUAGGGAUGGAUUUGAUGCUAGAAUAUUCCAUAGAAAUUGUGACAAUAAAGGAGCUACUAUUUGGAUAGCAAAAAUUGAAGACUCAACAAAUGUAAUUGGAGGUUAUAAUCCACUUGAUUGGAAUGGAGAUGGUUGGAAAUAUACUAGAAAUAGUUUUUUAUUCAGUUUUGCAGAUUGGAAAAAUAUUUCUAAUACCACAACAAAAUUAUCUUAUAUCAAUAAUAAUAAAAGCAAAAAUUAUGCUAUUUAUUGUGAUAAUAAUCAUGGACCACAUAUGGGUGAUUUGUAUUGCUCUAAUUCCAAUAAUUGGACUUAUGAUGGUUAUUUAGAUUACUAUCCUAAUUUAGAUAUUCCAAAAAACAUUAUAAUAGAGGAUUAUGAAGUAUAUCAAGUAAUUAAAAAAUAA